AUGGAUGAAACUGGUAUUCUAGAAGGCAGAGGAUCAAAUGGAUUAGUUCUUGGAUCAUCAGAAACUCGCUCUAUUCGAAAGAAACAGCCUAGGUCUCAGGCUUAG